GCCGUAGCCGGCCUCGCGCGUUCCCAGCGUGGCGAAGAGCUGCUGUCGGCGGGACUUCCGUGUUGGCGGGAUUCUGAACGCUGCCAUGGCUCAGACCGUGCAGAACGUUACAUUGUCCCUCACUCUGCCCAUCACGUGCCACAUUUGCUUGGGGAAGGUUCGUCAACCUGUUGUAUGUACCAACAACCAUGUGUUUUGUUCCAUUUGCAUUGACUUGUGGUUGAAGAAUAACAGCCAGUGUCCGGCUUGCAGAGUUCCUAUCACUCCAGAAAAUCCUUGCAAGGAGAUUAUUGGAGGAACAGGUGAAGGUGAACCUAUGCUGAGCCCUAUGGUCAGGAAGCACCUUCGGAGAACGAGACUCGAGCUCCUCCACAAAGAGUAUGAGGAUGAAAUAGAUUGUUUGCAGAAAGAAGUAGAAGAACUUAAAAGUAAAAAUCUGAGCUUGGAGUCACAGAUCAAGACUAUUCUGGACCCUUUGACAUUGGUGCAGGGCAGCCAGAACGAAGACAAACACCCAGCAACAGAUAGUCAAAGUAAAACUGACCCAGAAACGGUAGUGGAAUGGAAGAAAAAACUCAGAACAGCUAAUGAAAUCUAUGAAAAAGUAAAAGAUGAUGUGGAUAAGUUAAAAGAGGCAAAUAAAAAAUUGAAGUUGGAAAAUGGUGGCCUGCUGAGGGAGAAUUUACGACUGAAGGCUGAAGUUGACAACAGAUCUCCCCAGAAGUUUGGAAGGUUUACAGUUGCUGCUCUUCAGUCCAAAGUAGAACAGUAUGAACGAGAAACCAAUCGCCUCAAGAAAGCUCUAGAACGAAGUGAUAAAUAUAUAGAGGAACUAGAGUCUCAAGUAGCACAAUUAAAACAUUCAGGUGAAGUCAAGGAAGAUAUGGAUGCCCUUUGUCAGAGGGCACCCUCUGCAGAUGGCAAGGGGCCCAAAGGUAGCGAGGAGGUUGUGGCAGCAAAGAAUCAGGGUGACAGUGCCAGAAAGCAGGCUGGCACAGCCACCUCCACCUCAGCUUCUCACCUAACAACAUCUACCUGCAGACUUGCUGACACCAGUUCUGCCAGGCAGGAAAGCACCAGCAAGACUGAACCAAACUGUCCCAAGAACAAAGACAGAUACCCCAAGCCCACGGAGAUGCUGCUGGCUAUGCGAGAGACACCGAUGGAUGCUUAUUUGGAAGGAGAGUGGGGCAGUAAGCCAAGUGACUGUGCACCCUACAAAGAGGAAGAGCUUUAUGAUCUCCAGGCUCCUUGCACUCCUUUGUCCCUUAGCUGCCUUCAGCUAAAUACUCCAGAAAACAGAGAGAACUCUGUAAUCAAGGCAGGGAGUUCCAAAAAGCAUACAAACCAUCUGAGAAAACUGGUAUUUGAUGAUUUUUGUGACUCUCCAAAUGCCUGUAAUAACAACUCUUCCGAGGAUGAUGUAAGUAAAAGUGAAAAUGAAAAGAAGUCAGACCGUUUUGUUUCCCCAAAGACAGGAUUUUGGGAUUGUUGCUCUACAAGCUAUGCCCAGAGCUUGGAGUUUGACAGCUCGGAGCGGAACACAAUAGCAAAUUCUGUUGGGGAAAUCCCUUCAAAAUUGAGUGAGAGGUCAGGAUCAUGCAUGUCCAAGAGACUAAAUUGUAUUCGCUCUCUCGAAAUGAACCGGACAAGAACAUCCAGUGAAGCUUCCAUGGAUGCUGCUUAUCUGGACAAAAUCUCCGAGCUGGAUUCCAUGAUGUCAGAGUCUGACAACAGCAAGAGCCCUUGUAGUAACGGUUUCAAAUCAGUGGAGCUGGAGGGCUCCUCAAAGUCACCUCGAGGCAGUGAGUUUCUUGAGGAACCUGACAAGUUGGAAGAAGGACCUAAACUGAAUCUUUCCAAAAAUGCUCUCAGUACUGAUCAGUUAGAAAAUGGCGGUGAGUGGAAACCCUCUUCUUUCUUUCUCCUCUCUCCAUCUGACCAGGAGAUGAGUGAAGAUUUUUCUCUGCACCCCUCUUCUAAUUCGGGAGCUGGUGAAAUUAAACCCCAGAGCUGCUUGUUUCAGACAGAGUUCUCCCAGGGUGUCCUGUUAAGUGGCUCCCAUGGACUGUUUGAAGAACAGAGGUUUGGCUCCUCUUUAUUCAAGAUGUCUUCGGAGAUGCAGAGCCUUCACAGCCACCUUCAGUCUCCGUGGUCUACUUCCUUUGUGCCUGAAAAGAGGAGCAAGAAUGCGAAUCAGUCAACAAAGCGCAAGAUACAGAGCAGCCUUUCCAACGCCAGCCCAUCCAAGGCAACGAAAAGCUGACUCCCCAGAGAGAUGCCCUGUGGCUUUGUCCUGAAAGGGGUGUGGUCGCUUUCAAGGUUACUGUAGUCACUUCAUGGAGGUUCUAUAAAUCAUGAACUGAUAAUCUUCAGUAAAGUGUCAAGUCAGAGAGGUGGGUUUACCUCUUUACGGGGUGCUUCAUCUUGAAGAAACUUUGGUCUUUUAGUCGGUUAUCUGUCUUAGCAGAGAGGUUGGGGGCAAGGGUUUCAUUUGUCUCUGUAUUGUUCAUUAUUUUGUUUUAAAUGAAUGUUUAUCUGGAUGGUUAUAUGUUUUCUCAUAUCUUAUUUAACCGUUAGAUACGGUGGCCUGUUAACUGUCUUCAGAACUUGUGUUUCUUAGAAGUUUUAGUGUUUUCUGUACUACUCUUUAAAGCUAUUCCUAGAGUGAAAUGGUUUUGUAUGUCCUUUUUUAUUUAUGUUUAGUGAUGGCCUAAUUAUUCUGCAAGACCAUGCCGGAGACAUGGCUCUCCACCUGUAAAGUAUUUGCUGACCUUUUCAGAUUUUACAUAGCGGUUUGCCACCUGUUUCAUUGUGUUCCGUCCAUGUUGUCUGUGUCUGUGCGCAUGUGUGCGUGCAUUGUGUGCGUAUGUGCGCAAAAAUGCUCUGGAGUAUGAAAGAACAUUUUUUGUAUUCUUUUCAGGUUGUUUAUAUUUACUCAUCUUUGAGCGUGUCUAUGUGUGUGUGUAAAGUUAGGAAUCGUUAUGUUUGGAAAGAAGGCACUGAUCAGUUAGGUUGGGAGGAAUUUGAACAUCCUAGCUUCAUUUUCCAGAUGUGUAGGUAGACAAACAGUUUGUUAGGUUUUUGAUCUGUUGUGUCACAGGGGAGCCUUUUAUGUGAUAAAGUUCUUGUUUGCAUGUUACUCUCACUGUGGGAACUGUAAGCAUGGGAGCCUUUGUGCUUGCUCCGUUCUCCAUCCAGAGGAAAAAAGUUCCUAUUGGUUAAUAGACUAUCCACUAUGUAGGACAAUUGUUCUUCUUUGUGGAAAGUAACUAGUGGGAGCGGGAAUAUCUGAGAGCUGAGCACAACCUUUAGUUUAGGCUUUAAAAGUACGUUAUUUUAAACAUGUUUGUUAUGCCCAUAUAGGCUGUAAAACUAAGUCUGUAUGCUAAUAACUUAUCUAAUGUGCACUGAACAUUUUACAUGUAUUGUCUUACCUUAACACUGCAUGAUUUUUUAUGUGAAUUGAAUAAAGGAUGCCAUAUGCACUGUA